AUGGAGGACUGCAUCAUCACGGAGCGCGAGGCGCAGCAGAUCCGAGAGCAACUGAAGAACCGGAGGAAGUCUCCGGGGAAGUCCAAGCUCGCGGGCAGCAGUGGGCCCCUCGCUCGGCCAAUCGCACCGAGGGAACCCCCGCCAGUGAAGAAGGCGUUCAGGACCUUCAAGGAGAGGUGGCUGUCCUGUGCGGGAGAUCUGGACACGAGCCAGCAGCUGAAGGCGGUGGAGCAGGGGAUCGAGAUCUUCUCACUCCUGCCCAAGGAAUCCAAGUACGCCCAGCACCGCCUGAAGCUCCUGCGCAAGGUCCAGCUGCUCCUCACCAGCACUGAAGCGGAGGGUACUGAGGAGCGCCAGGCCGAACUCGCUGCCCUGCUUCAGCAGCUGCAGCUCUGA